AGAAAGGCUUUGCAGCGGUUCAUGGCUUUUAAUGAUAAUUUCAUGUUUUUUUUAUAUAUAUUAUUUAUUUAUAUUUAUAUUUUUUUUCUCAAAUUUUGAGCCCUGUUGUUGGAUUUAGAUUAGAAUUCAAAGAUUGCAUUAUUCAUUCAGUCACUUUAUGGUUUGCUUGUAGUACUAGUGCUACACUUUGUUUUCUGUUCAUCUUUGAGUGGUCAAGUUUCAUUUCCACUAUUUCUUCUAUUUGCUUUUACAAUCUUUAUCGUGUAUUUUUGGUGAAGCUUCAUCAACAAGUGAAAGAAGCCUGUUUCUGAUCCGUGCUAUCAUUGUGGAAAUGAGUCUUUUGACCACUGAAUAAAAGCAAAUGAACAUUAGAUUUUUAUUCAAGAAAGAGGCCAGUUCUAGGAGUAGCAUUCUUGCUCUUUGUAAUGUGUCUUGAGGGUUCCUAUCACCGGUCUCAUUUUGAGUGCUGAAUUUCUUUUCUUUUCUGCUGCUUCGAAAGUUUGGUUUUUUUUUUUUUUUUUAACUCUUAGAGGGUUGUGAAAGAUGCCUAUGUUUCAGCAGCCCACAAAGAGGGAUGAGGUUGUGAGUGGUGAUGGGCAGGUCCUAGAUUUGGACACUGCUGUAAAAGAUGGGGUUUUGGGUGGUGUUGAUGGUGCUGUUAUUGGUGGUUGUGGUGCUGAGAAGUUGGAUCUGAAGAAGAUAAUUGAAGAGCUUGAUUUGGCUGAUGUACCUCCGGUGUUUAUAUGCCCUAUCUCCCUUGAGCCAAUGCAAGACCCUGUCACACUUUCCACCGGCCAAACUUACGAGAGGUGCAACAUUCUAAAAUGGUUCAGUCUAAGCCGUUAUACUUGCCCUACUACAAUGCAAGAGCUCUGGGAUGAUUCGAUUACUCCUAAUAACACCCUUCGCCAAUUGAUUCUAACUUGGUUCUCGCAAAAGUAUUUGCUCAUGAAAAAGAGAUCCGAGGAUGUGCAGGGCAGGGCAAGUGAGCUCGUUGAGACAUUGAAGAAAGUCAAGGGUCAAGCAAGAGUUCAAGCCUUGAAGGAGCUGCAACAAGUUGUGGCAGCUCAUGCCAGUGCUAGAAAGACUGUGGUUGAUGAAGGUGGGGUUGCUGUAAUCUCCUCCUUGUUAGGUCCAUUUACCUCUCAUGUUGUUGGCUCUGAGGUAAUUGGAAUUCUUGUGAAUUUGACUCUUGAUUCUGAGUCCAAAACCAACUUGAUGCAGCCCGCCAAGUUUUCAUUGGUGGUUGAUAUGUUGAAUGAGGGGUCCAUUGAGACUAAGAUUAACUGCACACAAUUGAUUGGAAAAUUGAUGGAGGCGAAGGAUUUUCGUCCAGAGGUUGUGUCAAGCCAUAGUCUUUUGGUGGGGUUGAUGAGGCUGGUGAAAAACAAGAGGCAUAGCAGUGGAGUUUUACCUGGACUAGGCCUACUUAGGUCAAUAUGUUUGCAUAAAGAAGUUAGGAAAUUGAUUGUCAGCAUUGCAGCCGUUCCUCAAUUGGUUGAUUUGUUGCCGUCUCUUGAACCUGAAUGUUUGGAGUUAGCACUUAGUAUUUUGGAAGAACUUUCAAGUAUACCAGAAGGAAGAUUGGCUUUGAAGGAUUGUGCAAACACAAUACCGAAUAUGGUGAGGCUGUUAAUGAGAGUUUCUGAGAGUUGUACUCAGUAUGCAUUGUCAAUCUUAUGGUCCGUUUGCAAACUUGCUCAUGAAGAAUGCUCAACCAUUGCCGUGGAUGCGGGCCUAGCUGCAAAGCUGCUUCUUGUCAUACAAAGUGGUUGCAAUCCUGUAUUGAAGCAAAGGUCUGCAGAGCUACUGAAGCUGUGUAGUCUAAACUACACAGAUACCAUUUUCAUUUCUAAGUGCAAGCUCACAAAGACUAUACAAUGAGUGGAACAAUAUUAUUCUUGUUGUCUUACACACCAUCAUUGGAGGCAAGGUCUGAUGGGUUUGACGAUGUGAUCUUCAGCUAAGAAGUGUAAAUAGUGGUUGCUCUCCUGUAUAUUCUUAAUCAAUUUAAUUCAAGUUAUGGAAUACGCAGAAGCAUACUAUCCUGUGGUGGAUUCACAUCAAUUGGUCAUUAGCCGGUUCUAGAUAAACCCAUCAAGAAGUUCUGUAAAUUGUUAGAUUUUUGUGAAUUUGUGUUGCAAUUGUAAGUCGAGGAAUUGAUUUUUUUCUCCCUAGCUUAUAGUUUCCGGGAGGAGGUGGAGGGCGGCGGCGCUAAAAUCUUCCUUCUGUUGCAGUGGGAGUGUUGACCUUAUACCCCACAAAUGUAGAGGCUGCCGGAGUGCCCUUUGGCCUCAAAUUCUCAAUUCAAUGUACAAGUAAUGAAAUUGGGUACCUUCUUAUUGUCUAA